UCAAUUUUCAGUAGUUUAAAGUGAUCGAUAGAGGUAGAGGACCCGUUUCUGUGAUGGUAAUAAAAAGCCACUGUCAAAAGCCAUAGUCGAAAUCGGAGCUUAGUUUUAAAAAUGAGUUUGCUUCUUCUAUCCAGACUGAAAUAUGUUCGCUGUGUAUCCAAUCAAUUGGUGAAGUGGAGAGUGUUGCUUCUUCUGAGUUUGAUUAGUUUAACGUUCAUACUCAUCACAGUGUUCAGUCUGCCCACAUGGUUCUCUUUAUCACCUCAUCGUGCAAAGACAAAAAUUCUGUUCAUGAACGAAGAACUGUGCACUCCAUCCACGCCAUACGAUAGAAAUCAAAGAACUGCAGUGAUUGUAAUACCGUCAGCACGAAAACACUUCAAUCGUAGAAGCGUGAUACGCCAAACGUAUGGUUCAGUUAAGAAAGCGAACAAUGUGAAAAUCUUGGCCGUCAUUUUCAUAUUGGCAAAGUCGGACGGACGACAAGAAGAUGAUGAGGCCGACGACAGGCAGCUACUGGCGGAGGCAGAUUGGUUUGGUGAUGUGAUUAUCGGCGACUUUGUAGAUUCGUACAGAAAUCUGACGCUGAAAACGAUUAUGGCCUACGAUUGGUUGACUACCUAUUGUAGGAAGGCUCAAUUUGUGAUCAAAACUGAUGAUGACACCGUCGUUAAUAUUUUUGAAUUGACCGAGCAUUUAAGUUCAUUAUCACCAGUUGAUGUGUCAUCAUCGAACAUUUGGUGUUGCGUUGAUCGAAACGAAAGUACGGUGAGCGAUGUGACCAGCAAAUUUUAUGCUUCGUCCACAGACUUUCCAAGCGGAAAGUUCCCAGAUCAUUGCUCCGGCAUUGGUUACGUGACAACGUUUGUUGUGAUCGAACGGUUCGUAGAAGACAUUUCAAAGUCAUUUCCGGGACGAGUUUGCACCCAUGAAGAUGUGUUUAUGACAGCAGUCGUUCCGAUGCACAUAAAUGCCGAUUGGAAGUAUUUCUGGCGGAAACCGGAGCCCAUUCAACUGGUGCAUCAAAAGUAUAGCAUCAGUUGUGUCUUUGAGGAUGGAAGGGAUGAUGUGGAUCACUUUCUCAGGGAUUUUGUCAGAAAUACGACGAUGGAUGCGGAAAGUAGAAAUUUUAUUAAGUUCAGGGAAAGGUAUCCGAAACGAUUUUUCUUCCUCAUUGCACAUACUGAGGAAUUAGAAGAGAUUCAUCUUCGAUUAUGGGAAAUAAUAAAGAAAAGUUAUUGAACG